UGCAGGACACUUACGGAUGCAUUAAAUGGAAYGUACAAUUCCUGCCUCGUGAAGAAACUCAAGAAARCCAGCAGCAAAAGAUGGAAAAACUCAAGGUGAURUUUCAACAGUCUGAUGCCAAUCCAGAGGAGGUGAAGGGUCUUAUGAAGUCCACCUUUUACACACAGUGCCAACAUGUCAACCAGAGUAAAAGUAUCAAGUGCCUCAGAGAGGAGUGGCCAUUUUUGUUUGAUGAAAUUGGCAUGCCAGUCCACUUCAAGGAACUCACUGGGAUCAACCUCAAAGAGACAUUCAUACGCAAUUUGGAUUUAAAGGGGAAAAGGCUCCUCAACUACCUGACCACUGUUUGUGUCAA